AUGAGACUGUCAGACUACCCCGUGGUCUUCACAACAGACUCCAACUACUUCUUCUCAUGCAACGCAAAAACAAUCCGCAUCAUCUCCGUUGAGACCGGCCAAGUUGUUCGUAUCCUCUCGGCGUCAACUGAAGAUGGCGGCCACGCCGACACCAUCACCUGUGUCAUGCUCAACCCCAAAAACUCUCUCCAGCUCUACUCGGCCUCCCUUGACGGAACUAUCAAGUUGUGGGAUUUCAAUGAUGCUGUCCUGUUGAAGACGUUUGAGGUUGGGACGCCUAUUUCCCACAUGGCGAUCCAUGAGGGCGCUCCGAGUGAUGUUUAUUUGGUGGUGAUCAAGAAGUCGACUAAGCGGUUUCAUAAGAAGCAGAUGUGGAAGUCUGGAGGACUGGUGGCAAAGGAAAACUCGAUUUUGGUGCGCUACUCUCUCAAAUCAACGCGCAAGAGGAUGAUUCGUCUGUUGUCGUCUCGCUCCUGCAGUGGAUUGGUCAUCUCCUCGGACGGCGAGUACUUGGUCAUGACUGGACGCUACAAGUUGCACGUCAUUCAUAUCGCAGCUGGAGACGGCAUUGAGCAAGGGACCGUUUCGGAAAGCGACGAGUCUCGCUUCAGAACCUACCUCACCCCUAAUAGGAUCGCUGCCGUGGCUUUCCACCCAACCGAGGGCUGCAUUGCUACAGGAGACGAGCGCGGAAGAAUCACACUGUGGUACUGCUUCGGGAAGAACGUCGAUCGCCCCGUCACCACCUCGAUGCACUGGCACGCCCACAAGGUAGCAUCCCUGGCCUUCACUUCGGAUGGAAACUAUCUCUUGUCGGGAGGAGAGGAAUCUGUGUUGGUCAUCUGGCAGGUGUCGACUGGACACAAGCAGUUCUUGCCUCGUUUGGGAUCAGAGAUCAAGCAUAUCACGAUCUCGCCUGAUGAUUCACUCUACGCCAUGGGACACCAGGACAACUCUGUCAAUGUCAUCCGGGCCGUCGACCUCAAGAUCAAGAACAGCAUCCAAGGACUCAAGCUCUCUCACACCGACCCUAUUAACAACCCUCUUUUGACUGGGUUGGUGAUCGAGCCUCGCAAUGGACACGUUGUCUUGAACGGACUUCCAGGAACACUUCAAUUCUACGACCCUAUCAAGGACCAGCACAUCAUGGAACUGGAGGUCUUCCCUCGCAACAAGGUCUCGCGUACAUACCAAAAGGAGAUUGUCGCUCCUCGCGUCAUGCACGUUGCCUUCUCGAAUGACAAGGCCGCCCGCUGGAUGGUCACCGUUGAUGGUCGCGAUGACAAGAUGACGACCCCGGAAUUGUACAUCAAGUUCUGGGAGUACGAUGACGAUUCUCACACCUAUCUCCUCAACACUCGCGUGGACUCGCCUCAUACCAAGGAGGUUGUCUCCUGCAUCUUCAACCCUCGUCAGGGUAACCAGCCCCCCAUGGUCGUCACCACGUCUCUGGAUGGAACUUUCAAGGUCUGGGAGCUGACUCACCAGGGCGAGUCUCGUCGUGGUAUUGAGGCCGAGAGAGCCUGGAGCUGUCGGUCGACUGGAUUCUACAGGGAUAUGGUCCCUCGCGCAGCAGGGUUUGCCUCGGAUGGCUCGUUGUUGGCUGUGGCCUAUGAUCAAAUCAUCACCCUCUGGAACCCAUACUUGAACACCCUUCAGGGUGUCUUGACCCAGCCUCCCGAGAACCGCCCUAUCCGCCAUCUCACAUUCCUGAAGAACUCGCCCUUCUUGAUCGCUGCGACCUCAGACCACCUCUACUCAUGGAACUUGCUCACCUGCUCGGUCUGGUGGAGCUACCAGCUCAAGAUCGACCGCUUGGUCGCCUCGCAGACCAACUCCAACUUUAUGGUGACAUGCUCCAACCGUGUUCAUGGUACGGCACCUCAGCACCGGAUCAUGGUGUUCAAGCCCAUGGACCCCAAGCCUAUCCGGAUUGAAACGGUCGAGAAGAAGCUCCGUGCUAUCACAUUCAUGCCCGAUGCCACUGCUGCCGCCAAGGAUGUCGUGGAACCCAUUCUUAUUAUGAACCAUGGAUUCGCUCUCGAGAUCUUGGGAGGACGGUCUGUUGAGGAGUUGAAGGCCGAGGCGGAGGAGGCUGCUGAGAAGGCUAGGGCUGAGGCUUUGGCGGCCGAGACCAAGAAGUCGCUGAUGUCGGAUAUCUUUGGCAAGACGGCAGCAGCGGAUGCAGCAGCUGCGACCCAGCAAAAGAAGGAAAAGAUGCAACAGCAGGACACUGUCGCCAGCCGUGGCAUGGUCUCGAAGAAGAAUAUGGUCCGUAACCCCUUGUUCGAUGCACCUUCGCAUGUGAUGGCACCCGUAUCGUCGUUGUUUGAGGCGUUCAUGGGUCAAUUGUUGACACAGGGCAAGGCGGCCAAGGAUGAGGCCAAGGCACGGAAGAAGGCAUUGAAGCAGCAGAAGCUGGAGGAGGCACAACAGCAGGCUGGCGCCGCUGGCAAUACCGCCGACACUGCCAUCGAUAUUGAUAUGGAUGAUGAAGCGGUGGAGAUUGUGGGUGUCAAGGAGGGAGGAGACGACGCAAUUCCUAGUUCGCUAGCAAAGAUCUUUUCGGCCCGGUUAUCCCUUUAA